CACACUCACUUUUAUCUUAUUUUACAAGGUCUCUGUCCGGUUCCCACAGUUCGACUGUUUGUUUACAGCCUGGAAUCAUGCACAGCAAGGGCAAUUCGUGUUGCUGCUCAUUUGAUGAGUGCAAGCUAGCCACAGAGUGGCUUCUGAGCAGGACUAGACAUCGCCCGAAGAUAGCUGUAAUAUGUGGCUCUGGACUCAGCUUCCUUGCAGAGAGCACCUCCAACAAGCAGUCUUUUCGCUAUGAGGACAUCCCCAAUUUCCCUGUGAGCACAGUUCCUGGCCAUGAAGGGCAGCUUGUGUUUGGUCAUAUAAAAGACAAGUCCUGUGUCUUCAUGCAGGGGAGGUUUCAUCUAUAUGAGGGUUAUUCAAUGUGCAAGGUCACAUUACCUGUGCGGAUUUUCAAGCUGAUGGGAGUGGAAAUGAUUAUAGUAACAAAUGCAUCAGGAGGCCUUUGUCAGGACUUCAAAGUGGGAGAUAUUAUGAUCAUCAAGGAUCACAUUAACUUGCCAGGGUUUGCUGGACAACAUCCACUAUGUGGGCCCAAUGAUGAACGAUUUGGGAUCAGGUUCCCAUGCAUGUCUGAUGCAUACAGCAAAGAUCUAAGAAAAUUGACGCUGGACAUCAGCACUGAAUUGGGCUUUUCUGACUUUGUGCGGGAGGGGGUGUACUGCAUGGUCAGUGGACCUAACUUUGAGACUGUUGCUGAAGCACGAAUGCUGCAUAUCCUUGGAAGUGACUCCGUAGGGAUGAGCACAAUCCCAGAGGUGACGGUGGCCAAGCACUGUGGCCUGCGAGUCUUAGGCCUGUCUCUAAUCACCAACAAGGUGUCCUUGGAUUACAGCAAUGAGGAAAAGGUCAAUCAUGAAGAGGUGCUGCAGAUUAGCAAAAUGCGAGCUGAGAUGCUCCAGAACAUGCUCAUCACCUUUAUUGCUCGAUCCCACCAAGUGGAGACCAUCAACAGCUGCUAGACCUUCUGGACUCAAGCAGACUAAAUUUACAUAGACACCAAAAGAAUAUUUUCCAGAGCUUAUGACUGUUUCUUACACAAGCAGUGUAUUUUCCAUUCUGUAUAAGCUGAUAUUUUUCGUGUGAGUGUAGUUAUUGUACAUAAAAAUGCUCAAAAAAUAAAUAAAGAGUAAAUAAAGAG